AUGGCGAAUCUAGCCGAUGUGUUCACUGAGUCGGAAAGAACUAACUGGCUGAAGGCAUGGUUGGCAAUUAAUAUUGCAAAGUCUGGCCCAGAGCAGUUCGCGGAGAACGAGGCUAGAACUCUACAAGGCAAUAUAUACAACGCAAUUUUGACAAGUGGCGCAGUCGCGUGUACUGGCUGUCAAACAGCAAACUUGCUGAAAUGCCCUUCGUCAGGGAUAUGCAAAAAACGUGGAGCGCAAGGGCUAUGCACAUCUAUGCAUGACACCGCGUCCAAAACACCUGCUAAUGUUUGCAUUAAAGUCCUUAACGAAAUUGCAAAGCAACAUAAAUAUCACAAUCCUUCGUGGAAAAUUACAGUAGCGAUCCACUGGGCAUCAAAUCCAUGGGAAAUUGCCAAGGCUUAUUUUCCUCCAGACGGUUACGCGGAAAAGGCGUCGGCUCAAGAUACUGACUUCAACGGCAUCAUCAGUUUUUUGAUGAACUGUAAACACUUCGAUAACAAGUUUUCGUUCCCCAUAGCUCCAGGAAAAACACAUCCACCAUGCCUUUUAACAAAGGCGCGAGACAUAGGAAGAACUGUACGUCAUUCGUCUACGUGCAAAGUCACAGACACAGAUCUUCAGGGCAUGUUCAUAACACUGACUAGCCUGUUGACUGACCAAAUAUGUCUAGCAAACGACGUUGCUGCGCAGGAGGCUGUUAGGAAGCUAGCAAAGCUACAAACCGACGUUCUGAAGCUAACAACGGAGGAAAUUAUUAAUUUGUUAGAAUCUGCACGAAAUAAACUAAAGAAAGUAGACCAUAUAACUGAAAAUAUAACUAAAGCUAUGGAUGAGAUGCGUAUAUACAUUGAAAACUGUAGAAAAGAUCUCAAUGCACACACAGACAAAUGUAAGAUGGAACUUGAUGAACACAUCAGCAAAUGUAAAAAACAACUGGAUGGACAUCGUCAAAUGUCUGCAGAAACAGACUACGAUGAAUCUUGUAAAGAUUUUCGCAGACGGUUGAUGGCACAUUACGAUGACACUUCUAGCAAUAUUCCUCUUUCGAACUUGGAUCAGAGUCUUGAUAAGCGUAUAGAAGAUAUAUACGCAACGCCGAAUAUACACCGAAUUCAAAUUCAAAAAGAUGGAAAACGCAUUAAACAGGAGCAAGUACUGACAUACACAGAUAUAUUUUACACAGAUGGUGAGCCCAAUCGACGUAUAUACCUACAAGGUGAACCCGGCAGCGGAAAAUCUACAUUUUCAGCUAAUUUAGUUCAUAACUGGUCCCAUGGAAUCCAGCUAACGUCGGCAACCCCCAGUAAAACUACUGCAUUCGAUGACGUUUCAACAAUUCAAAAAUUCAAGUUCUUAUUUUUCGUCACAUUGAGAGAUUCGAGAGGUCAGGCAGAUGUGACGCAGAUGAUAAAGAAGCAACUUAUUGAUACAACAUUUUCCGAAGACGAACGAGCCGAUGUGUACAAACUUUUCGUACAAAUAAUGAACACUGAAAUCUGCCUCGUAAUACGGGAAGGUCUAGAUGAAUGGGUGUCUCCUGAUGGUAGUAAUCUAGCUGAACCUUCCAUGGCUGAAUUUCAGAACGACACGUGCACGGUACUAACGACAUCUAGACCAUGGAAACUGGCUGAUGAACGUAUCAAGAAUUCGCAAAUCGACAUUCUUUUAGAAAUCGAGGGGAUUACGUAUCAUUUAGUCUGGAAUCAGAGAGGCAGUAGCCAACAAGCAGGAAGGCAUACAGCUUAA